AUGGACGCGCUAGUUCAGGUAUUCACCCACUCGUUGGACCCCAACCCCAACGCUCGCAAGGCCGCCGAGCUCGAACUCAAAAAGGUCGAGUCGCAGGAUGGCAUGCUCUCCUCGGUCUUCCAGAUCGUCUCCUCCUCCCAGCUAGAUCUCGCCGUGAGGCAGGCAUCCGCCAUCUACUUCAAGAACCGCGUCCGCAGGCACUGGGACGUCACCCCCGUCCGCGGCGGCCCCGCCGUCGUCGUCAUCCCGCAGAACGACCGCGACGCGAUCAAGUCCACCAUCCUCAACACCCUCGUCGAGGCACCCGCACAGACCCGCGUCCACGUCGCAAACGCGCUCGGCACCAUCGCUCGCUGCGACUUCCCCGACUCCUGGCCCACGCUCAUGGACCAGAUCGGUCAGCUCCUCCAGAGCCAAAACCCCAACGAGGUCUACGGCGGCCUCCGCGCGCUCCUCGAGGUCGUACGCGCCUACAGAUGGAACAACGGCACCAAGAUGAUGGACCAGCUCGCACCCGCCACCCUCCCACACAUCCUCCACACCGGCAACAACCUCCUCAACUCCGACAACGCUUCCUCCCAAGAGGUCGGCGAGAUCCUCUACCUCAUCCUCAAAGUCUACAAGACCUCGAUGCACACCGAGCUCACAAAACACCAGCAGUCGCACGAGUCCAUCGUCCCCUGGGGCACAUUCCUGCUCAACGUCGUCCAAAAGCAGAUCGACCCUUCGGCGCUCCCCGCCGACGACGACGCGCGCGAGGUGGCUCCGUGGUGGAAGGCCAAAAAGUGGGCCUUCCACUCGCUCAACAAGCUCUUCUCGCGCUACGGCAACCCGUCCCAGCUGCCCUCGGACAUGAAGACGUACAAGCCGUUUGCAGACCACUUUGUCGCCACCUUUGCGCCCGAGAUCCUCAAGGUCUACCUCCGCAUCGCCGACGCCAACAGCCAGUCCAACCUGUGGAUCUCCAAAAAGGCCUUCUACUUCCUCUGCAUGUUCUUCACCGAAUGCGUCAAGCCCAAGUCCACCUGGGCGCUCCUCAAGCCCCACGUGCUCCAGCUUACGCAGUCCUUCCUCUUCCCGCGCCUCUGCUUCAGCGACGAGGACGACGAAAUGUGGGAGCUCGACGCCGUCGACUUUGUGCGCGCCAACCUCGACCCAUUCGAGGAGAUCGGCAGCGUCGCCGGCUCCGCAGCCACCUUCAUCCAGACCGUUGCGAGCAAGCGCACCAAGAGCGCCUUCAUGCCGCUGCUCGAAUUCGUCACCGAGGUGGUCAACGCGUAUCCGGCGCAGCGCAGCGCCAAGGACAAGGACGGCGCCUUCCACCUCUGCCGCGCCAUGGACCUCACCAUGGUCAACCACGAAAAGGUCUCGCAGAUGCUCGACGGCUUCUUUGCACAGCACGUCAUCCCCGAGCUCAAGAGCGAGCACAAGUUCCUGCGCUACCGCGCCUGCGACCUCGUCAAGGCCUUUGACCAGAACGGCAUGCAGUGGUCCAACACCGCCACGCUCGAGGCCGCCUUCCGCGGCGUGAUGGAGUGCAUCGGCGAUGCCGAGCUGCCCGUGCGCGUCGUCGCCGCCGAGGCCAUCGGCUCGCUCAUCGACCACGACGAGGUGCACGCCGCCAUGGCGCCCAACGCCGCGCGACUCAUGCAGGAGCUGCUCAAGCUCUCGGACGAGACCGACCUCGACAUCCUCUCGCCCACCAAGUCCAAGGUGGUUGCCAACUUUGGCGACGAGCUGCUGCCCUUUUCGAUUCAGCUCACCGAGCAGAUGGCCGAGUCGUACCUGCGCCUCGUCAACGAGAACCUCGAGACCGCCGAGCGCGAUGCCGACGGCACCAUGGAGCUCAACCUGGACAACCACGAGGACGACAAGCUCUUCGCCGCCAUGGGCUGCCUCAACACCAUCUUCCAGAUCAUCGCCUCGGCCGAGAGCAAGCCCGAGAUCCUGGAGAAGCUCGAGGCGGUGGUGCUGCCCAUUGUGGCGUACACGAUCGAGAAGGACUGCGUCGAGCUGUUUGACGACUGCCUCGAGCUGACGGACACGCUGACCUACUACCAGAAGAAGAUCUCGCCGGGCAUGUGGCACAUCUUCACGCUCGUCUACAAGAGCUUCAAGGGUGCCGGCAUCGACUACCUCUCCGAGAUGCUGCCCACCAUCGACAACUGCGUCUCGUACGGCGUCGAGGUGGUGCAGCAGUCGAGCGAGUACAAGUCGAUGCUCGUCGACAUCUUCCUCACCGCCAUGACGUCCGACCAGCUCGGCAUGACCGACCAGGUGGCGGCGUGCAAGCUCGCCGACGUCAUCCUGCUGCUGCUGCGCGGUGGGGUGGAUGAGGCGCUGGCGCAGAUCGUGGGGGCCGUGCUUCCACACGCGCUCGACGACGAAAAGGCCAAGGCGGACGUGCGCAAGUGGUCGAUCAUUGUGGUUCUCGACGCGCUCGUGUACAACGCCUCUGCCACGCUGCAGGUUCUCGAGUCGGCCAACGCCACCACGGCGCUGUUUGGCGCCAUCACGUCGCUGCUGCCCAAGCUGACGCGCGUGCACGAGAAGAAGGUGGCGGCCUCGGCCAUCAUCCAGCUUCUCGCUCUCGAGCCUGCGUCGUUGCCAGCGGCUCUGCAGUCGAACCUGGCACCGUUCCUGGUGGCGCUGGCAACGCAGCUCGAUGGAUUGCCCGAGGCGAUCAAGAAGCGCAACGAGUUGCUCGAGGCGUUUGAAAACGACGACGACGACGACGAGGACGAGACGUCGUUUGCGUCUUCGUCGGGCGCGCCCAACGUCGACACGAGCGGGUACGAGGACGUGGACGACGACCGCGACGUGGUGGACGAGGACAACGAGUAUCUCGAGAUGUUUGCACGCGAGCGCGCCAAGCUGCGCGCGCGUGCCAACGGCGAAGACCUGGACGAGGACGACGAGGACGACGAGUUCGAUGAGGAAGACGACGAGGACGACGAGCUGAGCUACGAGAGUCCCAUGGACGCCGUGCCUGUCUUUGAGCAGUUCCGUGCGCUGCUCCAGAGCUACCAGACGCAGCGUCCGCAGGUGUGGGCCGGCAUCGCCGCCCAGCUCACGCCGGACCAGAUGCAGCUCAUCCAGAACGCCGCCGAGGGCAAGGACGAGCGUGUCAAGACGCUCUGA